GUUAAGAACGGUAGCCUUCAUGGAGUUAGUAAAUGGACUAUUGGUAUAUGCCCAUUUAGGGGCCGGUGUAGCUACCGUAUGGAUUUUCCCGCCUUGCGCAUGCGCAGUGGACGCAUUUUGGCAUGGCAAAUAGGGCGGCCAUGUUGUUUGUUUUAGUUUUUGUUUAGUCGUAGAACCAAACGGUUCUAAACGUAAUAGAGUAAUAGUAAAGGUACAAGUAAAAGUAAACGUAAAAUUUGAUAAUUUUACGUAAGAUUUGUAUAAUGUGACGUUUGUUUCAAAUAUAUGAUAAUUUUAUUCAACAUCAGGUGCUAUAGUCGGACUAUAGUAACAUUUGUAUUUUGCCGGUUAAAAUCAGUUUAUAUUCGCCCCCGCGGGGGACAAAAAGCAUAAUAAUUGGGGCUACUUGCUGUGGGUGCGAAAAGAGAUUCCAUAACUGUUUCUUGCAUCUCUCCCCUCUGCCACGCUAUGCAGCCCCCCCCCCAAGUAGAGUCUGAGAAAUAAUACUCUGGGUACGAGGUUUGGUUGUUAUUUCAAUAUAGCGAUUCUGGGGUUCUGUGCUAGAUACAUAGUUGCCAACUUUGGAAAAAAAAACAUGUGUGAGAUGUCGCUUUGGGGGUCCCACGAGGCGCCUCUAUGGUUGGCGCCGAGCGGAAAAUUUUGAAAAUAUGGAGUCUCUAGUUAGCCCGCCUAACAUCCAUGUUAAGCCGGUUUUCCACUUCGCCCGUAUCGUACCGAAACGUACUGGUGAGCAUGCGCAGAUUGAAAAGAGGUUUAUAAAUUCACGUACUUCCGGGUGUAUUCGCGUAUCAAAAAAAAAGUUCGUCGCAAGUCAACUUUUUGGGCGUACUAUGGAAGUAUUAACCAAUCAACACUCACGAAAUUUUGAAAUUUAAAAACGUUUUUGAUACGUUUAGGUACGGUACGCUUGAAGUGGAAAACCGGCUUAAGACUAUCCCAUCCUAAACUAGCUUUCGAAAAGAUCACUUGAUCUAAUCCUAUCAUCAUAUCUUGCUCCAGUGAUAACUCUAGCCGCACGAUUUUGUAGUAUUUGCAAUUUAUCUUUUAAUAUUUUAUCACAUGUACUGGGCCCAUGCACAGGGGAGAGCAAUGAUCAAGUUAACAUGAAAAUGUAGUGACAGGUGCAUGUGAUGUUUUGGGACUUGGGAGAGUAAUGUUUUCGCUUUUUCUUCGCCAAAAUCACUAAUUGCUGAGUAGUUAUUUAAGGUAAAAUAUUUUAAAAUUAUAGUUAUUACUCUAAUUUAAAAUUAUAUAGUUAUAAUCUCUGGCGUUGGAUUUUCCGAAACCUGAACUUUCGAAUUCGUAGCUGUUUUGCUUCAACAAUGUUGAAUUUGGUUAUUGAGUACUAAGAUAAGUGUCAUGUCAAAACAAUACUCGAAAUUUCUAAGAAAAUUCAUUUAUUUCGCAUCACUUGUCCUCCUUGGAUGAGAGAUAUUCAUGUUCAUUAAAUAUACAUGGUCCAAAGGCCAAGAACGUACAGUUCAAUGCAAUUGCAAUUGGCCUUUAUAAUUUGUGAUUGAAAAACAUUAAUCUAUUCAAAGCAAUAAAGGACACAUCCAAAUCAGUUAAGGUAUAGAGUAAAACUUCAAACCAUUGUAGAGAUAUUAUUAUUAUAAACUUAGACGGUUAUAUUUUAAAUAUUGAAAUAAUUUAUAACCAUCUGCUAUAUAUUUACACAUUUGAAUCUUCGCGUAAACUGUAAUAAUGUUGUCGUUUUCAUCGUCAGCGUAUUCUAGUUGUUAAUCAUCGACAUCGUGACGAUGAUUUAUAUCAAUAGACAUCCAAAUUUAUUAUCGAUCACCUUAUCGCUGGCAACUCUAGGCUUGAAAUUAAGUUUAAUUGACUGCUAUAUAGUGCCCUAUUAAGGCGGGUAUCCAUGUCGGUUUCAGUCUGAUUUUCAAAAAGUUCAAAGCUGGAAAACGUUGCCAUGUCGUGUUCCAGAUUUCGUUGUCAUUUCAUGGCAAUGUUGUCAAUGUCAUCAUCUUAAGUUUAACCCAGGCAAUUUUUAAUUUUUUUAAUCAGAAUAUACUAAUGCAUGUUGUAAUUAUCAAUAUUUUGCAGGAAAUGUAUUUCAGUCAUGGUAAGUUUGAAAAAAAUUGCCCAUUCUCUGACGUUCCACUGGCGCUAGCAGUUGCAACAACUGGUCUUUGCCUUAUCCUGUCUUUCCUAAGUGUCUUUGGGAAUAUCCUCAUUAUUCUGUCUGUUGCGUUAGAUCCGAACAAAAAUCUUCGAAGACCAUUCAAUUGGUUAAUUGUAAAUUUGGCGGCGGCUGAUCUAAUUACUGGAACGAUCACAGAUCCUAUCUCGGUGAGCAUUCACUUCAAACUAUGCCUUGGGAAGAAAAAUACUUAUGCCGAACAGACUGUGCUUCAUACGAGUUACUUCAUAUCAUGUACUGCCUCAGCUCUAAGCAUUACAAGUUUGGCUAUUGAAAGAUACCUGGCGGUAAGACAACCUACCACAUAUCGUAAUAAAAUGACUAAUAAACGAAUCAUGGUAACCGUCGCUGUAAUUUGGUUAAUCUCUUUGACUUUACCGAAUAUAUAUUUUACAGUUGGAUACAUUCUAUACUCAUUUGUCUUUGUUAAUGCAUCGCUCGUUUUGGCUAUUUCAAUAACGUGUUUCACUUACAUCUUAAUGUGGCUAAAGAUCAAAGAACGAGCUCAUAAGACAAUAGAAAAUCGAAACAGAGGCAUAGCUUCGCUUUAUUCAACAGAACGUGAAAAAUCUCAAAGUUCAUCAACAGCUCCAAACAAUACAACUACAUCCAACUCAAUCAUCACGAGCACAAAUAAAAUGGAAGAGAAAGUCACCAAGAUGUUCCUUGUCGUCCUUAUUGCCAUGUUUCGUUGCUAUGGUCCUGCAACUUUGUUCAUUUAUCUCAUCAAAUUCUGUGAAUCAUGCGCUUGUGUCGCUCUGCAUUGGUUUUUGGAUUUGUCAAUAAUUUCAAUCUUAAUUAAUUCUAGCUUAAACUUUUUCUGCUAUGCAAUGCAGUCUUCCAGAUUCCGAAGUGCUUUUAUGAAAAUAUUGAAGAUAAAGAAGAGAGAUCGUCAACACCAUGAAACAAUUUCCUUAAGCGUGAAUAAUAUCCAGGAGGCUUAGAUGGACAAGAACGGCUGAGCAAAGAGAAAAUGGACAAAUGCAACAAAGUGUUGAAAAACAAAUUGCGAGCUAGUAAUUUAUUUAACGUAAUAAACAGCGUCAGCGAGCCACAUUUGACAAUAAGUUUAACCUUAGUUAAUAUCAUGCAAGUUCUGUAGACCAGAAAAACACAAAAAAAACUUGUGCAAAAAUACUAAAACAAUUAUUCACCUCAUGCUCGGUGAUUAUCGGGGAAUAUUCACCUCGACUUUGUGUCGGCGAAUAUUAUUUAAUAUUGAAAAAAAGUUGGAAAACGUGCGAAAACGCAAUGUAAUAUUAUAGCUCAGUGGGACCGGCCGGUGCCAGGGCCUUUUCCCGCCUUCCCAAUGACAAAAAGGGAAAAGCCCUGGGAACGAGGUUGUCUAGAUCGUUGGAAAUGGCAUUUUCAGAGUCUUCUUUUGCACAAAAUUGUAUGAAAAUUGCCUUAUUCUUAGAAAUUAUGAGAUAAAAUAGAUUUCCUUCUCAUUUCCCUCCUUAUAACAAUAUUUCCUCCCAAUUUCCUUCCAAAUGCUAUUUCCUUCCAAAUUUCCUUCCAAAGGCCCAAAUUUCCUUCUGGAAGGAAAUUUCCUUCCAAAUGGAAACGCUGCUUUUUAGAGUCUUAGAACAUACAAAACUUUAUUCUAUAUUAAUGAAUUACUUUUUCUACGUCGUGAGAGGCUUCGAAAUCCAUCAAUACGCAUAGGAGAACAGGGCUGAUGUUUUCUGGAGGGGGGGGGGGGCAGUUGAAAGUUUGCCCGAAUUUUUAUGGAGAAUUGUAAAGAAAUAACCUGAUUUUAACAUAUUUUCUCAUAAAUCUUGCAGAAUUUUCUUAAUUUUUCCUAGCGUUUGCCCGAAUUUCCAUGGUUUUCCAAAAUAUUUUUUUUUUGGGGGGGGGCAGUUUCACCCCGCCCCCUGUCUCGUACGCCUAUGUCAAUAAGGUAUUUACAACAUGAACAUAAUACGAAGCCAAAGUGAAAGUGAAAGAAACUGUAAAGAAAGCGUGCUAAUUCUCGUAUUUUACACGUAUGUACUCGUAUUUUACUGGUAUUUACUCGUAUGUUACUCGUGUGUACUUGUAUGCUACUCGUGUGUUACUCGUAUGUUACUCGUAUGUACUCGUAUGUUAUUCGUGUGUUACUCGUAUGUUACUCGUAUGUUACUCGUAUGUACUCGUGUGUUACUCAUAUGUUACUCGUAUGUACUCGUGUGUUACUCGUAUGUUACUCGUAUGUACUCGUGUGUUACUCGUAUGUUACUCGUAUGUACUCGUGUGGUGUUUUAGUCACGAUCAACUAUAUACACCAUGAAUGUUGAACUAAAGAAUGUUGAUGUGCACGCGAGCAACUAAUUACACACGUGACUUGCAUGGGUCGCUCAACCCACAUGGGCAAAGCGAUCGUAGAAUGGAAAAGAAAACGGAAUUUAAAGAUACUGAUUAAUCAUGCUAUACCGAAGUUAUCCUCGUAUAUAAAUCCUAGGUCACUCUAAAUAUUUAUUAUUCACAAAAAACAAUACGAAAUAUAUGAAUUCACUUGUCUCAAACCCUGUCAAUUGUCUCUCACCGUCUCGCAAUAACAAAGUUAUUAUACCAUAUAUGGUAAUGUUGCGCGUGUCUCUAAUUAUAGCUAUUACUGUUCAGAGUUCAUCACAAUGCUUUUCUACAACCUCGUAGCCAGGGCUAGUCGCGAAUUGAAGGCGGCGACAUAGCCCUGGUAAAUGCUGGUCACGUGUCAGGCAAAUACUCCAAGAUUCUUGGAGUAUUAGCCUGCGAGCGGGCUUUGUGGAAAUAAAGACAGGGGGGCGACGAAAAGUUCACGAAUGGAACUUGAAUUGCAACCUCGUACCCAGGGCUAGUCGCGAAUUGAAGAUGUCGCCGCCUUCAAUUCGCGACUAGCCCUGGGUACGAGGUUGGCUUUUCUAUUGAAUUUUGUAAAUUGUAGUUAAACUUGUUUCAUAACUUCGUAUCAAACCUAUACCAAGUUUGGUUUUUGUUAUUGUAGUAUAUCCAGCAAUUGAUCAAAUCUGAUUUUGAAAACAUAUCGUUGAUAUUGGAGCCGCCCGAGGGACAAGAUUUGGGUGUGUGGAAAUAUGAACAUUUAAGGUACAUAACAAUUCAGUUGUUACCAGGGUUGCUACUUUCAACAUGCAAUUUAGUUGUUUUGAAAAAUUGCGUGCCAUGUAUGUUCAACCGUCUCAAAAUUUUGACAUUUUCCCCUACGUGACUAACCCGCUAAAAUAGUUAUCUCCCCUCCCUCCAAAAAUACGAAUUUCUGUAUAUCGUAUAUAAAAAGUGUUGAAUAUUUAAUGCAUAUUAUUUUCGUAAGUUGAGGGUCUCCCUGGGCGGGGGGGGGGGUCCGUGUUCCCCUGGAAAUAUUUCCUUUGUUCCCCAAGCUUACAUGCUUUUAGGCUUUGUUUCCUUGCUCCCAGUGAAAAACUGUUCCCUUCUUCCCUAUGAAUAGAAGCUUAUGCAUGGGAGAAGACCCUUCAUUUUGCAACGCCGUCAGCGAUUUUUUAUUUCAAAUUCCUGCCCAAUUCCUACCUGCUCUAUGAACAGUGGUUAUAAUAAAUCAUCAUAAAACUUCGACCCUUUCACUUUUAAGGAUAUUUUUGCGUUGGUUCUUUACAUCUCCCCCCACCCUUUCAAGCCUGGUAGAACAAGCGUUCGCUUAUAAUACUGAUAUUUACAUUUUUAUAGGCAGUUUUGUCUACAGCUGAAUGACCUUGCGGUGAUAUUGCAGGUUAGUAAAGCUUUUUUCUAUUCAUCGCAACAGUUUUAAAACUCGCAAGCUCGCUGCGAAUGCUUUCACCCAAUCACAAUGCUCCACAUUUUAUUUUAUUUGAUAAUUGAUUCAAAAGCUCGCAGCGAACUUGCGAGUUGGUUUUGGGGAUUAGUGGAAAAGAGCCUUAACUCUUGUGCUGCGAAAUAUUUAAGAAUUUGACAACGGACAAAGAAGUAAGGACAACGAAGAUGAUGAUGUCCUGGAAAACUGAAUUAUAUAUGCAUGGACUACACACAUACACGAUACCGGAUUCGCAUCGGAGCUGGUCGAAUGACAUCAACUAAGAUGCUUUUCGGCCUCUUACAACUUUUCAUAUUUGAAGUAUUUUAAUUACUAACUCUGUUAUAUUAUCAUAAUUUUGAGUGCUAAACUCCCCUUGAAAGUGUAAAAUUUGACGUUGGGUAUCGUGUAACUGGGGCCCAAGUAAAUCAGAAUAUAUAAAUUAUAGUAAUAUUACCAAGUUACACAUUUAUCACUUAUUUACUGAGACCGAGGAAAACAGUGUGUUUUGUGGACCCAAGACCGCCGUUGUUUCCCGAGGCGAAGCCGAGGGCAACAACGGCGGUCGGGGUGCCACAAAACACUGCUUUCCCGAGGUCUCAGUAAAUAAGUGUUUUGUUAUAUAUUAUAUAAGUGUCAAAAGACUCAAAGUAUGAAUAAUUCACCAGUUAUUGGAGUGAACUUAAUUUGAAACCAAAACUGGAUAAAUGGAACGUCGUAAAUGUUUAGUAAAAAGUUUAAAAAAUGAACUUUGGAACUUCAUGGUUGACACACAUGCGUAUUGCACCCAUUUUAUUAUUGACCGGUCAAUAAAUGUUUCAUUGCGGACUGUUUGCCGAACAUGACGUUUUGUGGACCGGCACGUGAUACGGUUUUGACCAAUCGGCAAACAGAAAAAUUGAACUUUGACACUAACUAUAUAACAAACAUAUAUACCCGACUAUGAGGAUUUUAUAUACCCGACUAUGAGGAUUUUUUGGUAAAGUUAUAAUUAGUCGGAUCUGUUAUGAUAACUGAAAUUCACAAAUUAAUCAGUAAUUUAAAAUAAAUUUAAGUUUAACCGGCGACAUGUCGUAAGUUCAAUAUAUCGCAGACAUACCACAGUUAUUCUUGCACCAUAAAACUGCAGCUCAACUACCUGAAAAAUACAAGCAAAAAUUUGGCGUUUCGAUCGAGUGGGCCCUUCGUCGGGAAGUUGGUAGCCACAUACAUUUGUCACUAGCUACACUUAGAUCUUAUCUUUAUAGAUCUAUCUACACUUAGAUCUUUCGAGUAAUUAUUAUUCCAUCUGAGUUCUUAAAGACACGCAGGUUAAACGUGAUGUGUCAGAGCCUUACUAUAACUAUGGAGUAUAGGGCGUCUGUGGUUGCCAUGCACCAUUCCACCGACUGAUGACCUACUACGAAACACAUCUAUGGUGAACCCGGAGGAAAAUCCUCGGAGCACAGGAGAAUCCAUCCACAACUGUAUUAAAAAAGUCCCAUCUCGUAAGGAAUAUACUCUCGACAUAUUCAGGUCUUGUAGUCAUGCAACAAAGCCGACAAUAUUACAUUGUGCUAAGAAAUCCCCAAAUUUUUUAUUGGCAAGAAUAAUGAUGGGCACUACAGACAGCAGGGGAAACCAGUACAAACCAUUUAUUUAUCUGAAUUCACCAGAAAAUAGCCUUUCUGAUUUCGUAUCAAGCAGGUUAUAAAUGCAAAUGAAAGCGAUUAUUUGGAGCUCUGUCGAAUUAUAAACCUGGAGAAAUUUGACGGCUAAUUGACACCGUGUAUGUUUUUAUUUAGAUUUAAACAUUUGCACCCAAAAUGGUGGAAGUCAAACAAUCACGUCAGAAUUAUGUGUUGUGACGUCAAGGGUUGAAUGUCAGUUUACCACUGUAUCUUCCACCCUUGCUUUUCUAGAAUUGAAUAAAAAAUUUAUCUCGUUUCCAAUCCCAAAUUAUAACAGCAUAUAAAGCCGAGAUAAUUUGAUACACAUGCAAUUUUUAUACUAAACAUUUUUUCUAGGUUGACUGCUUUCCUGACGUAUGUACUCAGAUGACUGCAACAGAACAAUGGAUCUUCCUUUGUGCUGCGCAUAAAACUCCAAAAGAGGUUUCAUUUGAUCAUUUUUAUAUCAAUACAUAUACUAUAUAUGUUAUUGACUAAGCGAGAGGUUCGGACUGUUGGGUAUAAGUCGAGUUCUUUUUUCGUUUGUAUAUAUGGCCGACACCCAUGUAUGCAAACGAAUGCAUGAAGAACGAGACUAAUAUCCUACUGUCCGGACCGAACAAGCUCAGUCAAUAAGUGAAUUUAUUAUAUGGCUAAAAACAAGGGCAUUCUUCGAAAAACAACGUUUAUAAAUUAAUAAGUUUUUUACUACACUAUUUGAACAUUUAAAAACGCAAGAUUUUAACUGGAAACAAUUUUUGACUAAGAUCAAACGAUAACAAAUUAUUUUCAGAUGUUAAUCUUUUAAUUUAAAAGUCGAAAACAGAGCAGUUUUACUGCAAUUUCACUUCAGUUCCCCGAAAAAUCGCUCAAUGGCGGCAAGUAUUAACUAUCACUCUGUCUGUAUUAUAAAAAGCGUUUUUACACAAUUCAUGUAAACAUCGUUUUAACACAAACUAGAGUAGAAUAGUUAAAGUUAUUUUAUAUAAAAAAAAACUUCGAAGAUCACAUAUUUUUAAGUUUUUCUACGCGAGCGGUCCACACUAUGAGAUCAGUGAGCAGUCCGUAGUGCAGGUUACCGACCGCUCAGGAACCAAUCAAAAUGUUGCAUUUUGCAGACGGACGACCUUGCCAUGCAUAGAGUAAUGAUAAAUAUUAACAUUUGCAGUCGAAAGGUUCAUAAUAUUUCUGCUUCUUUUAACUAUAUAGUGUCCUGCUUUGGACUAUACAAGGCACACUUUGGAUGGCGCUGCGUCACUUCUUAACAGCAAUAAAUACUUUCCUAGCAGGUACUGUGUAUUUUUAUGGAUAAUUGUAUAAAUGCGGCAAGCUGAGUGCAGUGUGCGAUGCUUCAAGAUUUUUAGUUGUACCUUAAGCCUAGACCUAGGCCUUCUAUUUUUAUUUAUAUUUUUUUAAUAUUCAGCGCUUUUUCGCAUGAAAAGACUGGGACUAGGUGAUUUGGGGGCGGGGCGGAGGAAGGACACAAGCCUAACGCAAGCGAAAAAAUAGAAGGCCUAGUGGAUUUCCCAAGAAGAAGGCCAAAACUGCCCUGAAACUGCCCUGAUUGCGAAAUGCCCAAUUGUUGCGUUCUCAAACAGAAUUAUUUGCAACUUAACAGCGAAUUUAAACCGAUACAGGUAAAAUAAACUCAUUUAUAGUAUAAACUUACUAUUUUUAUUUGUAUACACGUCUAGAAAAUGUCUAUCAUAAAGUUUGAAGCAACACUAUUAUUAUGUUGACAAGGUGAAGCGAAAGCACAAAAUAUGAAAAUAAUAAUUCUUUUCUUCGCAAGACAAUCUACUGUUUUGCUUUGAAUAACUAUAUUUGCGAAUUGGGAAUGAGGAUUUUGAAAUUAUUGUUCAAAUAUUACGGAUAUACCAUUUGUAAACAAUGUACGUUUUUAUGUACAGUACUGUACGGGCUAAUAAUAUAUGUAUCCGUUUUAUUUAAUAAAUUAUAAUUGUAUAUGUGUUUGUAUAUUUUACAAACACAAGACUGCUUCUUGCCAAAAUUGAGAAAAUAUAUAUUAAUGUAGUUGUGUAUAAGACAAAAUUUCAUGAAAGAUUCUACUUUUGGUAUAUAUUUUGACUCAUUUUGUGCUUUCCCUUCACCUUGUCAACAUAUUAAAUAAUAGUGUUGCUUCGAACUUUAUGAUAAAAAACCGAUUUUCUAGACGUGUAUACAAAUAAAAAUAGUUAGUUUAUACUAUAAAUGAGUUUAUUUUACCUGUAUCGGUUUAAAUUCGCCGUUAAGUUGCAAAUAAUUCUGUUUGAGAACGCAAUAAUUGGGCAUUUCGCAACCAGGACAGUUUCAGGGCAGUGUUGGCCUUGUUGUUGGGAAAUCCACUAGGCCUUCUAGGCUUGGCUCCUCCGCCCCGCCCCCAAAUCACCUAGUCCCAGUCUUUUCAUGUGAAAAAGCGCUGAAUAUUAAAAAUAUAUAAAUAAGACUAGAAGGCCUAGGUCUAGGCUGGUUGAUAGCCACAAAAUAGAAUAUUAAUGAGCUGCUUGAUCCUUUUCAAAAUGGCGGGGCCUUUCGUGGAGUGGGCAAAAUGUUUCAAACAACGAAGUGACUAUAUGACCGGCAGCCGGUCACGGUUUAUCAAAUACUAAAUGGCCGGCAGUCUAGUGACUAUUGUUAAAGUUGAAUUUUUAUAAGAUAAACCUAUCCCCAACCCUAAACCCUUUUCUAACCCCUAACCCCUAACCCUAACCUUUUGAGAGUUAGAAAAGUCGGAAAAAAAAGUUUAAAAAAUUUUAAGAAAAAACAAUGCUAAGUCAAACAAAACACAUCCCGACCCCGACUGCGUUUAACUUUUCGCACGCAGCGCCCUUGCCGUAUUAGCUAACAGCAAGCUCGUUAAAAGUUAACGCAAACAAAAGUUUUUAUAGUCAACUAUAGUCACUAGACUGCGGUAAUUGAUAAAACUAGAAUAGUGAAGCGAAUAGUGCAAAUAGUGCGAAUAGUCGACGAAUAGUACGAAUAGUCCGCGAAUAGUCGACGAAUAGUACGAAUAGUCCGCGAAUAGUCGACGAAUAGUACGAAUAGUCCGCGAAUAGUCGACGAAUAGUCCGCGAAUAGGCGACGAAUAGUACGAAUAGUCGACGAAUAGUGCAAUAGAGACUUUGCAAGGCUUUGCAGCAGUGCUGUAGAACUAAAUUUAGCGGGGGGGGGGAGGGGCUCUAUUGACAAACAUGAAAUCGUGAAAACAUUCGUUGACGUACGUCAAUGACGUCAUACGUAACCGGUAAAAAUUACGGGAACCACUGAGUAUUUUAAUAAAAUAUAAAACAACGGUAACUUCGAUUAAAAUUCAGUCACUGUCAGGAAAUAUAUUUCAUAUUUUUUCAAUUUAUAACCAUUCCUGAUGGUAAGUGGUAACCAUAUGAGUAAUGAAUUUUACUGAUGGAAUUUUAUAGGAAUUUUACUUGUAAGUUGUGACGUUGUAACUGAAGAUUUAAGGGCUUAAGUGAUUUCGUGUGCUUGGAAAACGUGAUUUACAUCACGAAACAAGAGAAGGUAUCGAUUUAUUAUUUAAGCCCGUUUUUGGGCGAAUUUGUUCGCGCGAAGCGAAAACCAAAUUUUGGCAAUGUGAUUGGUCAGCGAAAAAAUUCGCCGCGAAAAAGUUGGAUCAUCCUACUCUUUUAUUAAUUACUUGUCGCUUCGCGCGAACAAAUUCGCCCAGUGGGAAACGUCAUUCUAGUGAUUGUCAUUCUACUUCCUGUUAAAUAUUUGUUAAAACUCAGUGGUCCCGUAAUUUUUACCGAUUACGUAUGACGUCAUUGACAUCAACGAAUGUUUUCACGAUUUCAUGUUUGUCAAUAGAGCCUCCCCCCCCCCCGCCCCGGUAAAUUUAGUUCUGCAGCACGGUGGAAAGCCUUGCAAAGUCUCUAUUGCACUAUUCGUCGACUAUUCGUACUAUUCGUCGACUAUUCGCGGACUAUUCGUCGACUAUUCGCGGACUAUUCGUACUAUUCGUCGACUAUAUAUUCGCGGACUAUUCGCACUAUUCGUCGACUAUUCGCGGACUAUUCGUACUAUUCGUCGACUAUUCGCACUAUUCGCAUCACUAUUCUAGUUUUAUCAAUUGCCACUAGACUGCCGGCCAUUUAGUAUCUGAUAAAUCGUGACCGGCUGCCGGUCAUAUAGUCACUUUGUUCAAACAAUUCCGGGCCCCAUUUCGUGAAAAUUUUGGCCGAAUUGUACCUGUUUGCUAUGGAUUUUGCUUUGUGUCUAACUCUGGACAUUCAUGCUAGUUUAUUUAAUGCGUUUUUCUUGGUGCACGACUCUGAAAAUCCGAAAUUUGGAUCGUUGAAUUCCCGUGCACGAUCAUAAUAUACUGAAUCUGAAUAUAAAGGAGCCAAAGACAAUUUCAAGGUAAAAGGUUAUUUGUUAAAACUACGUUGUGGAGUUUAAAUUAUAACUACUUUAUUAGCAGGGCCGUCGCGAGCGGGGGGAUGUGGGGGGUGCUUCACCCCCCAAUAAUUUUCGCAAGUCGGCCCCAGUCGGCAAAUUGCUUCGUUACUGUUUGGCAAAUUGCAAAUUCGGCAUUCAGCAAAUUGUAAAAGUUAAGAACGAAGGCGAUAAAUAAAGCGAUAAAUUUAGGAUUUAAAAUAAUGGUUUGUGUGGCCUUAUACCAUUUAAAUGUAUUUCUAUUUUCUAGUAAUACUAUUAGUCUUUUAUUUGUCGAAAAUCGACGGGAGGCUGAAAUGUGAAACCCACGUUUCCGGACAUGUUCUUCGCUCGACUGCUCUUAUAGCGAAGGCUCUUUAUCAAUUAUGCGCGGUUCAAAACCCAAAAGAAAAAGAAUAAAACUUUAGUGUCUUGAAUGUAAUUCGAUUUUUGACGACUAUAGAAACUUUAUUAUUUAUUUCACGAGGGAAAACGUAUUAACCAUAAAAGUUAUCUAACAUACGGCCCGACGAUUACCGUAAGAGGCACGAGCAAACUUGUCAUAAGGGAAACCGAGUGCGAGUAGCACAUAAAGACGUACCAGCUAAUCCGUUUGAGACUGCAAAGCGCAGUCAAAGCCAAAGAGAAUAUUUUGAGUCGUCAGAGGCGCAAGAUCCUCAAGAAGACUCCACAGGUACAUGAGAAGAAGACCAAGAGAAAGACGAGCCAUGCCACUGAUAAGAACGGACUUGUCUUAAUGUCUUCUUUAGUUCUUUAGCGAAAUUACUGUUAACUCUGAUCAGCCUACAGUUUUGAAAGACAUACCGCAUACAGCGAUCGGUAUCAUCGAUCGGUUGCAUAUGAUCAUAUCCGUUUUACUCGCUUUCUGACGCAUAAAAUUUAAACUCUUGGAAAAUCGGGUCGUACAAAAGCCCAGUUAACACUAUCCGGCACUAAGAGUUUUAAGACUGCUCAAAAUACAAAAAAUAUUAUAAAUUGUCUAUUCAGCGCCUGGGGAUAAAAAAGGUCAAAUUCAUCAAAUUGCCAUGAAAAUAUUGAAACAAAAUAUCAAUGCAAUCACAUGCAGAUACUUGGAUACCCUGGUUCCUGAGGUUUAUUCUUAUUAUUUUCAUUGCGAAGGGGAGAGGGAAAAUAAACCUCUGGUUGAAAGCGGCAAUUGAUUCAUUGAGCUGCGCCAAUCAGUUUGAAUUAGGGUCAGAUCCUGACUCUGUCUCCUGACUGGAUGAUUGUAUUAAAGUUCUCUGAUUCGUUCAAAUAGAACAUCCAUAACCAAUCAGAGAGCUUUAAUACGAUCACCCAAUCAGGAUCAUGACCCUAAUUCAAACUGAUUGGCGCGGCUCAAUGAAUCAAUUGCCGCUUUCAACCAGAGGUUUAUUUUUCCUCUCCCCUUCGCAAUGAAAAUAAUAAAAAUAAACCUCUGGAACCAGGGUAAUACUUGGAUAACUUUUCUGACUUUGCGGAGAUGCGCGUCUGCACCACAGUCUAAGACACUCGUUACUCAGACUAUAUGCACACGGUACCGUUUCCGAGCGUUUUUCGGGUUUUGGUUGUAAUUAAUGCGUUAAUUUCUGAAACUGAAAGUACCAUUUUCACGUACGUUCUGUUCACACGAAAACGUAUGAAAACGACGUCAGGAAGCAAAAACGUUUCAAAUAGUGAAAACGAUGCCAAACAUUCGUUCUCUAUGUCUGAAACGUUUGGUCGUUUUGGCACUUUGUUAUUGUGUAAACAGAAAAGUAGAAGGCGAAAAUGAAAUUCCGUGUUUGAAUUUGGAAACGAAGACUAUAAAAAACUGGUGCUUUGUCAGAAAAUGUUGCGAGAAAAACGAUCAAUGUGAACAAGGCGCCUAAACGCUAAAUUUGAAAACGGCACUGCAAAAACGCUCAAAAACGUGACCCGUGUGCACAUAGUUUCAGUCUCGAUUUAGGACUUAUGAAAACACAGUAUAAAUUAUGUUAAACUUAAAUUUUUUUCAGCUUUAUAUGUUUAAUAUAAAGCAACAACCCACGAACAGGCAUCCAUUUCAAAACAAGAGCCAUAUUGGUGUCCCUCAGUUACUAGCACACCAAUAUGAUUCUCAUUACCUAUAUCUAACCUUUACAAACUUUUGAAAAACUCGGCAAAUUCAACUAGCGUCACUCGGCAAUUUGACCUUCGACACCCCCCCAAUCCAUAUCCCUUCGCAACGGCCCUGUUUAUGAGAAGCAUAUUGGUGUCACAUCAAUAUAAAAUUUAUCGAAAACUGUCUGUAGUGUACUCAGUGCGAAACAUGAUAUUGUAUUUGUAAUGCCCCUUAUAAAUGGCGCAAUAAGGAUAAAAAUACCACCGUUCGAUUCAGCGUAUUAGAAAUUGUACUUACGGAUGUCAAAUGUAUUACUAAACAGCAGUAUUCUAGCGAUUUAUGGCCUCUGAAAAUCAAGCGAAAUUGUCUUGUUGACAUCAAAUCACUCGCAGUACGUUUGUCCUUGACCUUGUUACUUGUAUUUGUAUUGCCUAAUUAAUGGCGCAAUAAGAAUAAAAAUACCACCGUUCGAUUCAGCAUAAGAAAUUGUACUUACGGAUAAGAAAUUGUACCUACGGAUGUCAAAUGUAUUACUAAACAACUGACAACAGCUAGUAUUUUAGCGAUUUAUGGCCUCUCAUGACUUUGUCUUUGAAAGCCAAGCGAAAUUGUAUUAUUUCUUGACAAACGCUCAAAUUAUAAAAGAUGCAGUACGUUUGAUCCUUGAUUCGACUUGAUACCUUUGGUAUCAUUGGUUUUCUCUUUUUCGGCCGCACACCAGUGGAUUUGUCUCACUUCUCUCUUCAUUUUGAUAAUGUUUUGAGCCCAAAAGCCCCAAAAUAUUUUAUUUUGAACGUUUUAAACUGGCGGCCGACAGAAGAAUGUAGCGUACUAUAAAAUAUAACUUUACUUGUGGGCAUAAACGCCGGAAGUUUCCCCUUAGCUCGGGGCCAGGCUUAAUUUCCACACCAGGCUUAAUAUACGCACGUAAAACUUUAAAUUUGUAAAAUAACCAAAUAAAUAAAGCAACAGAAUUUACUGCUCUGCAAGUUUUAGUAUGAAUUUGUUAACUUAUUUGUAAAAUAUUUAAAAAUAGAAGGAUUCAAAGUUUUACGUGCGUGUACGUGCGUACGAAAAACGCAACAGUGCCAGUGGAAAUCAGUCUUUAGAUCUUAACAGUAAUGUACGUCAGUUGUGUAGUCCCAGCGAGUUAACGCUCCACAGAGCGUCUUGUUGAAUUAAUGUUGGCCUGUGGUUUGCUCGGACUUUUGUUGUCCGCACAGGUAUCUGGUAGACUGGGGGGUUGUUCAUGAUGAUUCAAACUCAGUUAACAUCAUUCCCGUCCAUCCACUAUCAUAGGAUUAGGGAUCCCUGGGCAUGACGAUGCUCAGCAUCCGAUUGUUCAGGUCAUUCAUGGUUGUCUCAUGGCACGGGGAGAGGGUCGUACUCUCUGUUGGUUUGCUUGCUGUGUAGCAACCCCCUGGGUACGGCGAUUUCACGGGCUCAGGUUCCAUUGCACCAUCGGGACCAGAUCAGCAAUGAUCAAGGCCUUUCGUCGUUCAACUCAAAAUAAACCUAAACGCAUGCUUUGAGGGAAAUUAGUGAUUAAAUGUCCCCGCAAUUAACCUCGGGAGGUUUGGUAAAAGUCCCUCGGGCUACGCCCUCGGGACUUUUACUAAACCUCCCUCGGUUUGCGGGGACAUUUAAUCACUAAUUUCCCUCAAAGCAUGCGUUUACUUAUAAUUCAAACACGACUAUAAUUUCAAUAGAUAUACCGCUUUUUAGUAUUCUUUAUAUAAAGAAUAUACUAUAUAAUGAGGACACGACUACAAUAGAUACUGCCUUAUUAUAGUAUUCUUUAUAUAAAGAAUACUAAUUAGGAGUGUUUUAUCAGGUUUAAAGUCACUGCACGUAACAUAUUAUGGUUGACAUGAUUUGCCAAUAAGCUUAAUAUAUGAAUUAUUAAUGAGUGUUUGAAGUACUAUAUAUACAUGAGCAGCAGUGUUUUAUCAGAUAUAAAGAUACGAGGCGAAGCCGAGUAUCUUUAGGUCUGAUAAAACACGCACGAUUCAAAUUCCUCACUCCAAAUUCAAAUUCCUCACUCCAAAUUCAAAUUUCUCACUCCAAAUUCAAAUUUCUCACUCCAAAUUCAAAUUCAUCAUUGGUCAGCGGACGUUUGGGUAUAUGUCCGAGUUAGUUUAUACCAUAGUUACAAUAUGUUCCUCGAUCCUGCAUUAUAUAUAACGGUAAUUACAGCUCAUACUAGUAAAUAGGGUGAACCACCACUAAGAUUGCUACAAAUAAAAUUCAUAAAGCAACAUUUUUAAAUUUAGUUAAAUAUCAGUUUGAUCACGGUUAAUAGUGGUUUGAUUUCAAGACAUGGCAUUUAACUGUUUGAUAGCUAAGUGAUCUUUAUUUCCCUUGUGUAGUAUCGAAAUGAAAUCUAAUUUUUUUAUUACGUAAAAUGCUAAAACUGAUUUUUUCUGUUUUGGAAAUGUUUUAUCUAAAUACAACAAGAAAGACUCAGUACAGAAAAUGCUAAUUUCUAAAGAAAAUAUUCGCUGUUUUAAAUUUUCGUUCACAUGCCGGGUGGGGCAAAAAAAGUACGACUGUUUGAAUUGCUGAAAAAUCAAAACUAUAAAAGCAAUGACACUAAAACAAGUUUAUUGGCAUUCAGCGAUAUCCAACUUAAAUUUUGAUAUAUGGCAUGCACAUUUCGAUGCUAUAUUGACAAAGAUACAUGCAUUUAAACAGGUGUAAACAUUUUUGGAACUGACGAAAUUUGCUAAAAAUGGCUUAUUAAAUAUUAAUACAUACACCAUGCAAUAACUUGUGUUGAGACGCAUUAUACUUUAUUGUCAGUACGUUCACGCUUGUGGUUCAAAAACAAUCGUCCAUAUUCAUCAGGAAAUGCAUGUCCCCCAGCACGAAUGCAACGUCUUGCCCGUGAAAUCAUACAAUCGAAAUUAAGAAUUUUGGAUCAUUUGCUGUUUCAAGUUGCGGCAUGCUGUAACAAUCGCUUCACGAAGCUCUUUCAAAUUGUGCUUCAGAACCGGAGUUAUUUGAAUCGCAUAUAGACUUAUCCCAAUAUUAAUCAAUUGGAGGUACUCUCUCGUGUCGAGAUUUCUUUCAACAAAGUUUGGACCCAGAACAACUGACCUCGUCAAACCAACCCACUAAUUGGAACAAUAAUCGCAAGAAAAUGGUAUUCAAUUGGUUUUAAUAGGGCCUUUUCAGCUAAUUCUCGGCGGUUCCAAAAAUGUUUGUUUAGGUUUAAACACAGUUAUCUCAAUCAAUAUUGCAUGAAAAGGUGCAAGACAUAUAUCAAAAUUUAAUCUAAAUAUCGUGGAAUAUACGGUGACUUAUUUAAGUGUAUAAUAGCUCUGUUCCUCCAAUUUUUCUCGUGAUAACAGAUGUGACAUAUAACCAAUGGCUUCAGUUAUCGAAAGCCGUACCUUAAGGUUACAGGAUACCCUUUUUGGCGUUUUGCGGAAAAUCGCUACUUGCGCGCUCAAUAUCAGUCCGAUUUUAAUCAAAUUUUCACCAAAUGUUCGCCAGUGUAUGCAAAAUAUGGUAAAGUUGUAAAAUUAACAAGAUAAGAUAAGAUAAGAUUUAAUUAUGCCUCUCUGGGCAACUCAUGCAUCUAAGAAAAUUACAGAAAUAUAAAUCUUACAGUAAUAUAUAUUACAAUUAUUAAAAAUUAGAAACAAGAAAUAUGUCUUCGCAUAGCAACCUCUGGAUGCAAUUUAAGAUAAGUAACAUGGUCAUUCUUAUCCGGAAUUCUGUUAAAGAUUUCUUGCGAUAAAUACCAAUAUCCGUGACGAGAAUCCGGGUUAUAACUUUUUAGAUCAUCAAGUCCUGCCUUAAUUAAAGGCGUUUACACUAGGUGCAUACUUAAUUAACAGAGUUUGGUAAAUUGUUCCAAUACUUAAUUACUCUUACGCUAAAACAAUCUAACGCAAAUGUGGUCCUACAGGAUGAUAAAUUGCAUAAAUUACGAGUACUAUAAUGCAAAUUAUGGUGAAACAUUUGAUGGCCACAGUUAACAUGUCCGGUAAUAAUCUUGUAUGCUUCAAUAAGAUCACCCCGCAUUCUACAUUCGAGAAGUGUUGUCAGUCCCAGCUUUUGAAGUCUCUCACUUAGCUGAGAAAACCCAUACCAUGAAUUAUUCUAGUAAAAUCCCUUUGACAUUUUUCAGUUGCCAUAAUUAUACCCCAAUUACCAUGCUUUGCUACCGGGGACCAAACUUGCACACAAUACUCCAGAUGGGGCCUCACAAAGGCCUUGUAAAGAGGAACCAACACUUCAUGUUUACGAGAUACAACAUUUCUUAUUAACCAGGCAAUCAUCCUCUUGGCCUUUCCGAUUCCUUCUCGAAUAUGAUCAUCAAAUAAGGUCUUCCCGGCAGACCAGGUUACCCCCAAAUUCUUUUCUUUCUGUACACUUUUUAGUUGAAUACCAUCCAAUGUAUAGCCAUGUUGCGGAUUGCUCUCUCCGAUGUGAAGUACACCACACUUUUCCACAUUAAAUUUCAUCUGCCAUAUUUCUGACCACCUACUGACACAGUCAAUGUCUGUUUGAAUAUCUUCCGGAUAAUAUGCAUUACCAAUAACUUUGGAAUCAUCAGCGAAAAGCACAGUAUUAAAUUUAGUAACUUGUGGCAUAUCAUUGAUAAAUAAUAUAAAUAACAAGGGUCCCAAAACAGACCCUUGGGAGACUCCAGAAGUAACAGGCUCCCAUGAUGAAAUAUGAUAAACAAUAAAAUAACAAACAAUAAAAUUACAAACAAUAGAAUAACAAACAAUAAAAUAAUGUAAGAAUUAUUCAGGAAAAUCUUAAAUCGCGGUACCGUUACGCUUUUGAGUUGUGCUCCUGCUGGUUUUGAAAUACAUUUAUGAAAAUAUCAUUUUUAUACAGUAAAAUAGUUUUUCUAAAAAAUUGUGUCUAAAAAAUACCUUUUAAUUUAUCAAAAUAUCAGUUGAAAAUUAAACAAGUCCAGCACUCACAGUACAAUACAAUAUUUUUAGUCACGGUAUAGUAAAUCCUUUGGCACAUAUUGAAUCUUGAUAAAAAAUACAAACAAACUUUAGAGAGAUAAUCUACCUUUUUACAAGAUUGCCGUGUGGGAGUCAAUUUAUAAAUUAUAUAAAAUAGACAUCGUCAAUAACUCUCUUUGACUGUGAUAACUCACAUGCCUAUAAUUAUCAUUCUUCUGGUAUAAAGCAGCAUAGAAUAGAACAAAGGUGACUAAGCUUUAGUAUUAUCUGCAUGAAUGAAUAACUCUAACUUAGUUACCUUUGUUCUUUUCUAUGCUUCUGUAAACUAAAACAAUGGUAACUAGGCAUGUGAUUUAUCUAAUGUUGUGAAUUGGGUAAAGCCUGGCUUCCAUAUGGUCGUAACGGUCGUAAAGAUUGAGUCACCAUCUUUCUCAUCAGCCGAAAUAAAACGUUUCCCCAGGGACUAACUCAACAAAAGCCAUGGCGGCAAUGUUGGUGUUCCAGACAAAAGAGUCUUAGAACUGAAAAUACGUGGAGUGAUUAUAUAAAUAUAUAUGUGGUUUACAGGUAUAAACUAUUAUAAACUGCCGCUUGAGAAAGAUCGUGACUCUAUUUUUAUGACCAUGAUAUGGAAACCAGGCUUAACGACGAUUUGUCUACUGAAGCCAAAAGCUUCGUUUUUUAAAUUUGUGUGUGUUAAGAAUUGAGAAAAGAUUUUGUAGGUAAAUUGGCUGGUCUCAGCACCAUGCAUGUAUGCCAAAAGUCACGGACAUGCUUUUUUCUACUUCCUUCGUAAUUCGCAUAUUAUACGUUGAAAUAUGGCUUCAGCAGUGAAUUAUAUAACGCGACGUUGUUAAUCGCAAAAUCUGAGAUUAAAGUACGGUAGGUCGUUCGCAUCUUGCCUCAAUCGCUGGCUGCAAAACAAAGUCUGUCGAAGUAUUUAGUGUAAUGUCGGCCUGAUUUCAGUUACUGCCUAUUCUGCAUUUUCAAUAUUUGUACAGAGGUUUGUAAUUUUCACGACAUUUGUUCAUUUAACUCUAUAUAAGAAUACCGCACUACUGCCACUAGGAACAAACGAAGACGCAGAAUAGACAGUAACUUAACAGGCAAUUCCAGCUUUUAGUUUAUGCGUGCAGGGGGGUAAGGUAUCAUAUUGCUGAUUAUGCUGAAAAUAAAAAUGGUGGCCGUGUAAACACGGAGUGAUAGCUUAUACUUGUAAAUAUUGAAAUAUUUCGGUUGUUUCGACAGUUUUUAUUGAAUUUUCUUAGCAUAAUCAGCAAUAUGAUACCUUACUUCCUGUCACCCCCUGCGCGCAUAAAUUAAAAGCUGGAAUUGCCUAUUACACCAGGUAAACAUCACACCAAUUGUUCUCCAACUAUAUUCUGCAACCAUGCAGCAAUUGAGGCAAAUUGAAAACGACCUACCAUAUUCUCUAAUUUUGCAAUUUACAGCAUUGCGUACAGUACUACAAUUUACUGUUUGCUGCAGAAGCCAUACUUCAAAAGGUUAUGCAUCGAUCGAUGAUAUGCAAUUUAGUAAGGAAGUUUUCUUGACCUUUCCUUUCCUUGACGGUAACUACCUUUGCUUCGUUGCUUUUUAUCCAAACGUUAAAUAAAAUAUCAUAAGCAGAUAACAUUUCUCCUUCAAAUGUAUUUUGUCUGAUAUCAUUAUGACUUGUACUUUCAACGUUUGCCAAGUAAUACGUAACGCUUUCUGAAAACCGCGAGAAACCUACACAAUAAGAAAAUUUGAAUACCAAUAUUUAACAAACAAAAAUACACAUGGAAAAGCGGGUAGCCUCGCAGUGGCUCGGAAGAGUGAUUUUCAUUGGCUCGAUUUGACAAUUGCUUUUGUGUUUAUAACAAUGAAUUGCUUCGUUCUUUAGAAAACCCGCAUCCAAUUGGAGACUGCCUUCCGAGGCACUGCGAGGCUUACCGGAAAGGCAGGCAAAACCUUCGUUGGUAGAGAUGAACUACCUGAAAAAGACAAGAAGAUAUUCGACCUGGUUAUGUCUGGUGAUAUCUUUUAUUUGUGGCCAUUUUAGUAACAUUUUCUACGCGGGUCACAAAUAAACAAAUUGCCCUCCAACAGUUAAAAUACCACAGCGGGAGCAUAUUAAAUUUUUUUGCGCACUGACUUCAAUGGGAACUAGAACGCUCCAUUCAAACAAAUAGGUAAGCAAAUGAGAGCAUAGUGAGAGCAAAUGAGAGCAUAGUAAAAGAACCCGAUAUUGUAUUUACUUACAAUGAGCAAACACCCAUUUCAUAUUAUCUUGCUUUGUCAACAAUAACAUCGGUAGCAACCUGCCCAGAAUAUCUUUCAGAAAGGGGACUAAAGUAAAAGCUAAACAAAAACACACACGGUGACAAACACUGGAUAUACUGAUAAUAGACCACACGUAGUCGUCGUGUUGCCGUCCUGAUAUACUUGAGGUCGUAACAUGAGUUUGUCUGUUUCCACCUUUAAGCAUGCACCAACCCUAUAUUCACUAGAUUCUUCUUUUGAUGUAAACAAAUGUGUACUUGGAAAACCUACAUGCACUGCUCUAAAUGCCGUUCUUUCAACUUAUACGCUGCUGCUCUUAAUCUGUCUUACACAUAUACUGUACCAUUUACAACAUGAGCGGCCGUGUUGUAUCCGAUAUACUGUACAAACUCGAGCCGAAGGCGAGAGCUUGUAUAUCCGACACAACAUGACGGACGCGAAUGUUGUAAACUAGUAUACCUAUCAGUAGUAAAUGCUGACUUAUUUCUUACUUUGACGAUAUAUCAAAAAACGGCCUCAUCUUUCCAUAUUAACAACCUUUUAAUUACACAACAACGAUACACUGUAUCACUAAUUAAAGACCAUGCACAAACAUUACUUCAAACUAUCACAAGACCACAACUGUACAGUGCAUGAGUGCGGUACAGGUAUCCAAAACACGAGCAGCGAGUGUUUUAUCAGAUUCAAAAGACGAGAGCGCAGCGCGAGUGUUUUGUAUAGGUAAUAGCAUGGUUUCGAGUGCAAUUUGGAUAUAACAUGCACGAGUGAGUUUUUCAAAGACCUCAAAAUAGCAUGAGUCCGAAGGACGAGUGCUAUUUGAGGUCUUUGAAAAAACUCACGAGUGCAUGUUUAUCCAAAUUUCACGAGAAACCAUGCUAUUACUUAUUAAUAAUUUACAUAAAAAUGUUCGAGACAAUUGUAGUUUUAACUUACGCGUUUAUAGCGAACAUUCCACUGGCAAACUUUUCCUGGCUUUGCAAUAUCACAUUAUACAACGCUAACAGCUUGAAAAUUCCACUCAACUAUGUAAUUUUUGUUAGCCUUGUUUUCCACAAGCGAAUUUCUUCGUGCGAAGCGAAUUUUUUAUUGUUAAAAUUGAAAGAGAGACAAAAGAUUCGCGCGACAAGUUUUAACUAUAGUACUUAAACGUAAAAGCCUGAUCCACAUACAGGGUGUCCCCCCAAAAACCAAAACGAUUGAAAUAUCGUAUUCUGAGAAUUUGAUUGCCUCAGCACUCUGCAGGACCCACAAGUGCAUAAAAGCUUGACAUAAGUAAAUUUUAUGCACAAAGAAACUGUUUUUAAAAGAAGCUGCUUUAAAUUCCAAAGAGCAGAAAAUUGUGAGCUUUACAACGAUAUUUUAAUUUCUUAAUAAGUCAAUAUUUAACAUAUGCACCCUGUCAAUAUUUUACGCAUCUUUGCGUUCAGCUUAGCGCUAGAGCAUUCAAAUUCUAACAAUACAUUAUUUCAAUAGUUGUUUUUUUGGGACACCCUGUUUACUGUCGGCGGGCUAUUGACAGUAUUGUCGUUAUAGCAGUUCAACCAUAUAUAGAUAUCUUAUAUACACUAGAUAGUGCAUCUAAUUAUUCUGCAAUUCAAAAAUUGAAGCCGUGAUUGCAGACUCAAGAUAUUCCCAUGAAAUGAGAAGACUCGUAUGUUUUCUAUUUCUUAAACAGGGAACUUAAACAUUAAAAGUUAAACCUAUUCCAAAUACAUUUUCAAACAAUUCGAAUGAUGAAAGUUAUUGUUCUUUUUUAAGCGUUUAUUAGCGAGUGGGAAACUUCAACGUAUACAUGGCCGCCAUCUAUUCAAAUGGGGGUAACCGCAGGAAUAUUCUUAAUUGGCUUCACUUUUACUAAAAGAGAUGCGCUAUCUAAUGUAUAUAAGAUAUCUAUGAACCAAAUAAUUCACAAACUGAGAAUGUAUGCAUCAACAGCUGCGAACAAUGAUAGCGCCGGCAUAUGUGAACCAGGCUAAAGUAAAGUGCUUAUAGCUGAUGUUUUACUUCGCUUGAAAACAAUUCUUCGCCAAAUUCCCUUUCUUUUGAAUUUACUGAUGCGAAGUCGUUUAAGAACUGAAAACCGAACAACAUGGAGCAAAACUUGAAUCCAUGCAAGGACGUUAACUUAAAGCGACGUUCCUUCAAACACUAACGUUAAGCUAUAGGACAUUGUUUUUCUUAAAUUAAUGCAUUCGACACAUGCCUUAGGCCUGUUUCAAACGUCGCGCUUCUCAUGUGCCGAACGCAUUAAAAACAAUAGAUAAUGAGCUGAAAUGCCUUAUUAAUGUAUUAUCUAUUGUUUCUAAUACGUUUGGCACAUGAGAAGCGCGACGUUUGAAACAGGCCUAACAUAACAAAAUUACAAAAACAUGAUCAAUGAUAAAAAGUAUUCCAUGCACUUCUUCAAUUCCACUGACAUGCCCCUGAUUGCGUUGCAUGUUUAAACUAUGCACAUGCAUAACAUCAUAUUGUGUUUACAGUAUAGUGUACCAUGCUAUUUGGCAGGCAAAAGUACAUUUAAUUAACCCAUGAAAUUACAUGCAAAGCAUGGUUCUGGCAAAAUGCGAUACUAUAGUCAUGCAUAUAUAGUUGGCAGUUGCCGAACUGGUGAUGCCAUGUCUCCGUGUCAAUUACCCUGAUAGUCAAGUCAGAUUCAAUUCGAACAAAAAGUCAACAGACGAAACCCUGUUUAAAUUAUACCAAACUGAUCGACAACAAUCGAGAUAAAAUUAGUUCACUUUUAACGCUUGAAAUGAACGCUUUGAGCUAGCGUCAAAUUACAAUGACCAAUGUUGAUUUUACUAUAUAGUGAAGUGCUAAAUCCUGUAAGAAAAGAGAAAACAAGAUAAGGGGAAGAACACAAACACAGAAACAUCGCUGUCCAAGCGUUACAAAUUGUUUGUAAUAAGCAAAUUCAGUAUAUAUAAUGUAAAGACAAGCCAGAAAUCAACAGACCAUACAAUUAAUACAAAAUACACCAAAACAACUGCAUUUAUAUAGCAUCAUGCAUGCAAAGCAUUCUGGUCGGUUAACAGCGAUGCAUUCUGGUCGGUUAACAGCAGUGCAUUCUGGUCGAAGAAACGGAAGUAAAAUCUUACUUUCAGAGCCCAAUACGAAUUAGAACUGCUGACUUGCUCGCUCGCUUCAGGCUCGCUCGCUGCGUCAGCAAUGACUUGUGAAACGUCUUGAUGGGAACAUUUGUACUUUUCAGCAAUUUAAAAUAAACUAAUGAAAUUUGUUGAGAAAAUUGAACUUAAAGUUUACGUAAAUCAGCAUGAUUCUGUAUCAGAUAUACAAACUCCUUCACGCUCAUCAUUUCUUUUGUGUUUUCUUCAUGAAUUAUUAAUGCGUUUCACAAAAUUAUGUAAAUAGUGUUGUAUGCCUUGUCUUUUGUCAGGUAUUCAGGUUGGUCUUCACAUGGGACUCAUGCAUGUCCCAUUAUUGACUAUACCUUCAACCAUAUUUAAAUUAAGUGUUGCUCGGUCUUUUUAAAACGUUUAUUUGUAAUAAUUUUAUAGUACUUUUGUAUGGUUGUAAAGUUAAUAAAUAAAUAAAUAGUAAUUUUUCUUUGCUCUUACAAUCAGCUUGAGCGAAGUUAGCCAAGGUUAAUAUGACAAAGUAGUGGGGUAACGUUCCUGGCACCAAGUUUUCAAGCAGUUCGCUCAUUACUUCAUGUUUGAACUUCUUACCAACAGACACGAUGAGGUCUGAUGCAGCAGUUUGCCACUUUGGUUGAAUAUCCUGAAAAUUAUGAAAAGAUGCGUCGCAGUUUACCUACGAGCAAGAUCAGUAGUUAUCUACAUGGUAAAAUCUGGCAGAAAAAUUACCUUUGAUUUUGUCAUUUCCUGAAAGGCCAAUUUCAAACGUUCUUUGGCUAGAUCUGCUUUAAUGACAUCCCUCUUAUCUGAUAUAAUCUUGCCCAUGGAUUCCAGCAAGACAACACGGUGCUCUUUAUACUUAGCUACAGGAAAGGAUUUAAACAUAAAUUGGACGGAAUAAAGCAGUGUUGUAGCGAGUCGGACAUGGACUUGAAUCAGUUGAGUGCAGACUGCGCCAUAUGCUCGUCACCACUUUUGGUGACUCCUCCGAGUCCAACAGCCCCAAAUAACAAGAUUUGGAUAUUCCUGCCGUAAAUGAAUAUCGCUUUUCCCCUAGCAGCAAAAUCCAACUCUUACUGUUUAAGAAUUCAAGCGCUUUCAUUGGUUGAGAGCCAUGAUCUAUUAGAGGACAGACGAACGGAAUUACGUCACACAAAACCUUAUCCAAGAGCAUUCCCUUAUUUGUAUACAUCAUGUACGCGUAAUAUUUGUAAAAUUUCGACUUUUUCAAAUUUCCAAAUGUUUGGGUGGAUAAAAAGUAAGAUACGAACAUGCAAAAUCAAUUCAACAAAAUGUCCAUUUUCAAUGUCAAACAAUUUCAGAAAAUAUCCAAAAACUAAAGCAAGAAAAAUUUAAGCACUUUCAAGUACUUCUUCCAAAUUAAGGACUAUCAAGGCCUUGAAGUUUUGUUUUCAAAUUCAAGCACAUUCAAGGACUUUCAAGUGUUGUACGAACCCUUAGUAAACUAAGUGAAGUACUGUACAAUAAGCAUGUUCUGUACCUUCUGGUGUUUCAAUAUGUAAUCUUUGCACAGGCUUAAAACCAACUCGGGUUUCUCCAAGCCAAUGGCAUACAGAGACGAUCUGACCAUUUCAGUGACAGACUUGUCUUUGUCAUUCGCUGCAUCAACCAGUGCCAUCACCAUGUCUAACGAAAGAACGUUCGAAUGUGAUGGACAAACUUUAAUUUUCAUAACUGACAAAAUAUUAUUCUAAAAUGAUGCAAAACUUUAUCAAUGUUAAGCCCACUAGGAAAUAAGCAAUCCGUGUUCUCCAUGUAGUAAUACCUUCGGUCAAUUUUGGCCUUUCAGAAAAGUAAAG